CCAGGCCCGGUUUCGAUCGUCUCGAUCUGGCGGAUCUGCCUGCGGAGUACGACAUUCUUUCCGAUCGCGAUCGCGAUCGUGUCGGUUUAAUAAAGCAAGGACGCGUGGGUUCGCGAGGAAAAAUAACGAGUGUUCAUGAUCCGACGAGCUUUGGUUCUGUCUCGCCCUGUGUUUAUCCCAACUUCUCGCUUUCUUCCCUCGCGGCCCUUCACGAUGCCUCGGGCGAGAAAACGACGAGCACCCGAGGAAUCUCACGAUGAACCACCCCCUGGAAAUGACAGCCAGACGGUGAAUCAACCGUCUGUCGGCGAAGUACCUCGGUUUCAUCCCUCGGCACAGCAGCUCGAGGAGUUUGGGAUCGUGUUGCGGGACUUCUACCCCCCCGAGAUGAGCAACGAGCGCUGCCACGCCUACACGAACGGCACCUUGCUACGACCCAUCGAGGAGCUGCAGCAGGCCUACGAGGAGACUCAAGAUGAGCGACGGUCGGUUGAGCCGCACCGUGCCGUCGUCCAUUGGUUCAAGUCCGAUCUGCGGUUGGAAGAUAACCGGGCUCUACAGCUGGCGUCGCAGGUGGCGCAGGAACACAAGAUCCCGCUGAUCUGCCUCUAUAUUCUCUCCCCGGAGGAUCUGACUGCACACUUGUGCAGUCCCGCCCGCGUCGAUUUCACCCUGCGGAACCUGCGAGUGCUGAAGGAGGUGCUGGGCGAACGCGAUAUCCCGUUGUACAUGGAAACGCAGGACAAACGGCAGGCGAUCCCGGGGCGGAUUGUCGAGCUGUGUCAGCAGUGGGGGGCCAACCAUAUCUUCGCGAACCUUGAGUACGAGGUCGACGAGCUGCGCCGGGAAGCCCGACUGAUCCGCCGAUGCGCCCGCCAGGGAAUCAAGUUCGAGGCCGUCCACGACACCUGCGUCGUGACCCCCGGCGCCCUGGCCAGCCAGCAGGGCAACCAAUACGCGGUCUACACGCCCUGGUACCGGGCCUGGUGCACGUUUCUGCGCCAGAACCCGGAAAAUCUAGAGGUGAUCGAUGCCCCCGCCUCGAAUCCGGCGGGCGCCCGGAAGCAGCUGGCGGCCGACCUCUUUGCCAGCGAGGUGCCCCCUGCUCCGAGCAACAAGACCUUGUCGGACGAGGAGAAGAAGCGGUUCCGCACGCUCUACCCGGAAGGGGAGGAAUCGGCGCUGGAGCGGCUACAAAAGUUCCUAGACUCCGCCGGCCGCCAGUACGCCGACAAUCGCAACUACAUGGAGAAGCAGGCGACCUCGGUGCUCAGCCCGUACCUGGCGGCGGGGGUGCUGAGCGCGCGGACGGCGGUGUCGCGGGCGCAGGCGGCGAACCGACAUCAGCUCACGGGCGCCAACGCCGGCCUGUCGACCUGGAUCAGCGAGGUGGCGUGGCGCGACUUUUACCGGCACGUGCUGGUGCACUGGCCGUUCAUCUGCAUGAACAAGUGCUUCAAGCCCGAGUUCACCAACGUGGAGUGGGAGUACGACGAGGAGACCUUCUGCGCGUGGAGCGAGGGCCGCACGGGAUAUCCCCUGGUGGACGCGGCGAUGCGCCAGCUCCGCCACUGCGCGUGGAUGCACAACCGCCCGCGCAUGGUGGUCUCUUCUUUCUUAGCCAAGGACCUGCUGAUCGACUGGCGGCGCGGGGAGCGGUUCUUCAUGGAACACCUCGUCGACGGCGACUUCGCCUCCAACCACGGCGGCUGGGGGUUCGGCUCCAGUACGGGAGUCGACCCGCAGCCGUACUUUCGCAUCUUCAACCCUGUGCUGCAGAGCGAGCGCUUCGACCGCGACGGCGAGUACAUUCGCCGCUGGGUGCCCGAGCUGCGCGACGUCAAGGGCGCCGCCAUCCACGAUCCAUACCACCGGGGGGCCGAAGCCAUCGCUGCGAAGCAGGGCUAUCCACGACCGAUCGUCGACCACUCGGCGAGUCGUGGGCGAGCGUUGGCACGGUAUAAACGGGCGUUGCAAUAAUUACAUGUCUUUACUUCCACAGCGCUCUCGGUUAGUUACUACAUAACUAAUACUACAGUUCCAUGUAACUACAACCACAGACAAGGUAUCAAUAAAACAU